CACGACAAACCGGAUUCUCGCAGGUGCUGACUGGUAUUUCCCCAUUUUAUUUUAUAUAAAGCAACAGUCGAUCUCACCAGCUCUCUAUCCUAUGUUGUUGUUCAAACAUUUUACUCCUAUUAUUACCCAUCCUUUUCAACUCACUAUUCCCCUCUCUAUAAAUUAAAACACCCCGACUCCACAUUCCAAAAUCCAAAUUCAAUUCAUCAUCUCUUAAUUUAAUCAACAAUGUAUCACACCCACCACCAAAGUGGCAAUUCCUUCCCCAUGCUAUUCUCCAUGCCUAAUUCCCACCUACCAUUCUUCGAUGAAACCGACUUGUACUCUCCUUCCGCUUCAGUCGAUUGUACCCUCUCCUUAGGCACCCCUUCCACACGCGUCGAUCACAGCACCCACCACGAGAAGAAGCGCUCCUCCUGCAUCUCCAACUUCGGCUGGAACAUCCUCCCUUCCAAGCACACGCCUCCGUCCUCCUCCGCCUCAGGCGCCGACCCCCUCCUCGCUCGCCGCUGCGCUAAUUGCGACACCACUUCCACUCCCCUGUGGCGAAACGGCCCCAGAGGCCCGAAGUCGCUAUGCAAUGCGUGUGGCAUUCGUUACAAGAAGGAGGAGAGAAGGGCGACGGCGGCGGCUACGGGCAACGGAGCUCAGGUGGAGGCGCAGUACAUGAUGAAAGCUCCGUGCUACGGCGGCGAGUACCGGUUCAUGGAAGAUGAAGGCGCGGUGGAUCAUUCGGAAAUGGGCGGCGGUGGCGGAGUUCCGUUUAUGUCGUGGCGUUUCAACGUGACGGACAGGCCCGGGCUGGUUCAUGACUUUACUAGAUAAAUAAUUAUGGGAUUUUCUAAUUUAAUUGGAAAAGAAAUGAAUUCCAAAUUUUAAGGGGAGAAUCGGAUUUGAUGGCGACGGAUAAGUGUGGGUCAUGCAAUUCUUUUCUUUUCGGAUGUUUAUUUAUUUUAUUAAUUUUGUUUUUGGGUUUGAUACAUAGAUGGAGUGAAAAUGAGUUAAUUCUAUGUUGUUUGGUUAGAUUGCUUUUUUCUUUUAGUAGCUUUCACUUUUUCAGGUAUGGCCCCAAAAAUUAAUAUUAGUAUUAGUAUCUAAAUGAAGAGCAACUUUUAGUGUUGGUC